GCGCCGGUAUCAGUGUCUUGCCCUUUCCACCCCCUGGCCUCUGAGCAGUGACGGAGCCAAAAAAACAUUUUGUGGCCACUUUUUUUGGCCGGCUUUGGCUACUGUAUAUCCAGAACCGUACAACUUCUUUUAAGGUUGAUCAGACAUCGCCUGGCAGUCAACCAGUCCUGCCAGGAACAUGCAUACCGGACUGCUUGUCGAACCAAAAAAAAUUCUUCGGGAUUUGUGGUACCGAGGCUCCGGUGGCUACCGCUGACAGCUCCUCUGCUCGGCCGGAAACGAAAGUUUCGUGUCCAUUUCAAGACGCCUUUAGAAAACGAUGAACGUUCAGAUCAGAAGAACAUCCCGUGCAUCUUUAAGGCCCAUGCGACUGCUGUCGUUCGUGGUGCCGUUCUGGCUCUCGUUUGUUGUUUUGUUGCUGGCUGAGGACAGGUCACUAUUUCCACUAUUUCCCUGUGGAGGCUAGGAUACCUCAUACGAAGGGAAAAUAUAUCGGUCCCUCGAUAGUUUUGAUGGAUAUAUCCCGAAGGAGAGUUGGCUUUCGUUGAUGUCGUCGAGAGCGCUGGGUUUACGGCAUCGCGUACAGACCAAAUAAAUUGGUGACCUCGUGCACGAUAAUGGCGUUUGAAUGUGAACUUUGCUUUCCUGGUUCUGGUCUUCGAGAGUGGAUCCGUCCCUUAGGUGGAAGGUGGAAGACGGUUAAACAUUGCAUUCAAAUUUGCGUUGACAGCGAGGCGUUCCAGACCUCGUAGUUGAAAUGCCUUUGCGGCUCUCGUUUACCCUACAAAGCUCGUCAAUGGCCACGAUAACCUCGCUGCCGUCCCUCGACCAGGAUUAGUGAUCCAAGGUUCGCCAUCUGUCCGAGUAUGCAUGGUGUAAUCGAGCUGUACUUGAAUGGCUUCGAAACGUUCCGAUGUGCCGAAAUUCGCGUGGAUCGCCCAAUAGCUGAUGAAUUCGAACAUUGAGACCUCGGAGAUUGUUUGAGCUUGAAACUACCUCUUUUCGGUAAUUUCCUGGUUAAGGGAUCCUCAACGAGGGCAUUGCCAAACGGGUCCAUGCAAGCCAUUCAUUUGCGCCUAGUUCACAGCCAUGGUCGAUAUUGGCAAUCGCCAGUCACGGCGAUCAAGCAUAGCCCAUCCGAGAGGGACAUGGUUUGUGCGCCUGGACGUCGUAAGCUGCGGCGAUAAUCCGCGAUAUCGCCAGCACCGCGCAUUGGAGCUUGUAGCCUGCUUGUUUUCCUUUCAGUGACACGGCACCCGCACACACUUUGCUUUUACCUCGACAUGGAUGCUCAUGCCCGCGACGACACUAGCAAUCUCGUGCAGCACUCCAUCGGAACUGCGAACAUAGCUCACACCAUGACCACACCCGGCUAUUACUGUGCCUACAUGUCUAAACGCUCAGCUGCUGCGAAGACUCGAAACUAUGGAAAUUGCCUGCAAUGUAAAGAGGCACGACAGAAGUGUAAUCGAGUGAACGGCUCUGCUUGCGAGCGAUGCUUAAGGCUUAGGAAGAAAUGCAGUCUGAUUGGCACCGCCAGCCCUUCAAGCCCAACAACUCCCAUGAGCCCAGUCGAUCCACACCCUGAGGCAACUUUCGGAACUAGGUAUACAGAUGCUAUGCUACUCUUUCUGUCCAUAUUUCCCCUGACGAUUGCUUCUAUCACCGUGAUGUGUAGAUCCCUCUCUCAAGAAGAUGAAGAGCGUUUUGGCAGAGUUCUCUAUAUAAUUCCACUAAGCGAUGGAACGGGGUUCGACGUUAUCCAUGCGAUGGUCGGUGGCAACGGACAUGAGCAGGCUUAUCAGACCGGGUGCGACAAGGCCCUUAUGCCACGAGCUCUUCCCGACUAUUUAGGACCUCUUACGAACAACGAAUGUCGUUUGGAAUCAGAUUUGGAACACGUUAUCGUAAAUGUUUGUGCCGUUAUGAUUGCAGUUGAUUUGCUGUCGUUGCCUGCGGAUGUUUCUAAUAGUCGUUCCUCGCUAUCCCUUCACAAGGUGUGUUUGUCGGCUGGUGUGGAGCCGGAGCUUUGA